AGAAAUGUGUGGGCCAAGCUUGAAGUUCCUGUGUUGGGCUCCGGGAUAUAAAAAUACAGAACAGACUUGCUCUCUCACAUCCAUACCUCCACACACGUCACUAGACCUUGGUCGCCAUUUUGGAUUUGAGUCUACGGAUUAUGAGAUUAUACCGUUCUCACAGUUUGAAAACAAAAUGGCGGAGAUUCGAGGAGGGCGAGGCUACGAGGGCUCAGUUCUCUACUUCAUGGAUAAAGAUGACAAUGUUGUUGGAUUAUUGAAGAAGAAAACUACUUGGUAUAUUGUACUAAGAGCAAUAAGGGAGAAAGUGUCAAAUGCAAUGUCAGCGUACAAAAAGAAUCCAGGAGGAUUUAAAGGGGAUGCUUGCUUCGAACAUAUUAGAAAAAUUGCUAGACGACUUGAUGAAAUUCAGAAGUGGUUGGGAAUAUCAGAUCCUGAAACCAAACAUUGGAAACUACUUGGGGAAAAAUAUCUACUCUGGGUGUUCGACCAGGUUGUAAGGUGUAGGAUGGAAGAGUAUACUAGUAGAGGAAAGUUUCCACAAAGUUGGAAGGCGUUUCUCCGGGAUACUAAUACAGAGGAAUCAUACAAUCGGGAUACAGCUCCUUCUCGCUGUGGAGACAGGGAUCGUGAGGAGGAAUCCCCCAUUCAGCUUUUAGAACCCAACUCUCUCUCUCCUUCUGUUCAAAUACUUCCCUCAACUGCUCCCGCUAAUCCUCACAUUGUUUUAGCUUGCAUUGUCAGGAAUCUGGAUUUGGUUGGGAAGAAUCUGAAAAAGAUGGAGAGUAUUGUAUCUAAACUUCACCAGAAGGCCUGUAAACAGAGAACUCAAGGGUUUAUCAGUCUGCAUGAUCUAAAGAGGAUUGAAAGUAAUGAAGUUAAAGUCUGUAAUCUACUUUUAGAAAAUAUCAGGAUUAAGAUGGGUUCGGAAGAGGUUUUAGGUUCAGAUCUUAUCUCCACGGUAUCUCAGGCUGCAGAUAAAACCUUCAAGUCCUUCCUUUCAACCCUGAGUUCAGCUACGGUGCUUCAACAGGAUGGACAGGUGCUUGCUGUAUCCCCUCUGUUGACUAGUUCUGUAUCUUGUAUAAAUGAAGAUACAACUGAUCUUCUCGCCAUCAUAUUUUCUCCAGACAGAGAACAAGGAUUAAGGAUUCUGGAAAGUCUUCUUGUUCAGAUUUAUCAUGGGAAAAUUGGAAACGGAUUCGGAACAGAGAAAACACUUUGUGUGGAGAGAGUUGGAGUUACUGAUGAAAAUGGAUUACAAGAAUUAUUUCCAACUUCUCUAAAUAUCUUGAAAUAACAUGGUGUUGAUUUAUUUUAA